GUGUAGGUGAUCGUUUCAGUACAUGUUUUGAUUUAGCAGUUUAAUGCAAUGUCUAAACUGUACACAGAGAAACUGACCCGGCUCUACGAGCGGUAUCGGGAGUACGUUACGAGGAACCCUGCAGCGACUGGACAACUGGAGAGCACCGUAAGAACGCUGUCGUACCUCAUUUCAGGGCGUUUCACUGACUCCCACGAAAUCUCUGAAUUGGUGUACUCUGCCUCCAACCUGCUGGUGCUGCUUAAUGAUGGCAUUCUGCGCAAAGGGCUGUGUCGAACCCUACCCAUGUCUCUCUCUCAGCAGAGGCUUCUCACCUGGCUGUCAGUGGUGGAGUACGUGGAGGUGUUCCUGGAGAUGGGGGCCACCAAGCUGUGGGGGGAGGGAGGUCGCUGGCUGGUCAUAGUGCUCAUCCAGAUCACUAAAGCCGUCUUGCGCUUCCUACUGCUCUUCUGGUACAAAUCUGGCAUGCAGACUUCCCCUCCUAUUACCCCACUGGACAGGGAGGCACAGGGAGGCAACGAUGAGGACCAUGAUGACCACCAGGAUGACAGCUCCUUUGUGGGCCAGCGGUCAGGGAGGGUGAUGAGGCCGUUGGGAAAUGCUCCCUCUCUGCAGGCUCGUCUGUGGGCAGCCCCCAGUAGGGAGAAGAGGUGUAAUGUGGAAGAGGAUCUGACCUCUAGUCCCACUGCCCUGGGGGUCCAGGAGACCAUAGCAGAGUCCAUGUACAUCGGACGCCCGCUGGUACACUUGCUCUGCCUGGGAAUGUGUGGGAGAGGCUCCUGGAAACCGUGGCUCGUAUCUGGAGCCAUGGAAAUGACCAGUUUUGGUUUGAUGAGUGACACUAAGUCUCUGAACCGGCAGGAGAGGGCGGAGGUGAGGAGGAGGGCCUUUCUGCUUCUGUACUACCUGCUCCGCUCCCCUUUCUACAACACAUUCUCUGAAACAAAGAUCCUGUUCCUACUCCGAUUUCUGUCAGACAACGUUCCCGGCGUCGGGCUGGUUGCUCGCCCUCUAAUGGAUUACCUACCUGUCUGGCAGAAGAUCUACUUCUAUAACUGGGGCUGAGGGCAAGAGGUGGUUGAAGGUCACCUGGCCAGCUGGAUAGGGAUCGACACUAAAGAGGGAGACCCUGAGACACAAGUCCCCCACAGAAAAACCUGCGCUGGUUAAUCUGCUCUAUUUCAACUGGGACCCUCAAAUAAGAUCCAACAUGCAGUUAUGUUGCUAGGGCAUGCCAGAGUAUCUUACGGAUCCUUUCGUUCUGUUGCUAGGGCAUGCCAGAGUAUCUUACGGAUCCUUCCGUUCUGUUGCUAGGAUAUGCCAGAGUAUCUUACGGAUCCUUCCGUUCUGUUGCUAGGGCAUGCCAGAGUAUCUUACGGAUCCUUCCGUUCUGUUGCUAGGGCAUGCCAGAGUAUCUUACGGAUCCUUGCCUUUUGCAUUCCCUCCUUGUUCUUUAUUUUUGUAAUCUGAGUGAUUUCUGUCAGACUGAUCAUAUGAUGAAUUGAUGCUGGUUGUGUGAUUUAGUUUUCUCCUUUUGUAAACUAUACAUUACCCAGAGGUGUUAUUGACCGAGUGGUAUGAGAUAUCUUUGGCACCGCUGGUGAUGAUCCCCAUCUUGUCAGUCAGUUUUGCUGUCUGUCACUGGGAACAAUCCCUCCUAAAUGUCUCCAGUUAAACAACCCACUACAGCUAGCCCUGAUGGGGUUCUGUGCAGUUGGUCCAACAGCAUUACAUCAAAUGACUAUGGGGCUGUCCCAAUAUCUAAUUUCUCCCAAAGUGUUCACUCCUUCCCACAAAUCUAGAUAUGCAUUUGGCAUGGGCUAGUGGGAGUUUCCACCAUAUUUCGUAUACUAGUCAUUUCCUUUCAAAUCUGUGAAGGGACGUUAAUUGGAGGAAGGAGAGAAUUGGGCCAUAACCUACAUUCCUCUUAUGUUUGUCAGAUUGGCACAAAAACAAAUGAACAAUGUAUGUGACCAUGAUAUGGAAUCUAACAUUUGUAUAUUAAAUAUAUGGUGUAUUCUCAAUUAUUGGUAUUAACUACCUAAUUGUACUGUUCCAGUAGAUGUAUUUUAUUUAACUAGGCAAGUCAGUUAAGAACAAAUUCUUAUUUACAAUGACGGCCUACCAGGGAACAGUGGGUUAACUGCCUUGUUCAGGGGCAA